AUGGAUGCACGCAAGAUUGCUCGUCUCCAUACACUGAUCAACGAGAAAAAGGAGCAACUGAGACUUGAGGAGAUAAAGUUGAGAAACAACAUGGAGUCAUGGGUGAGACUCACCGACAUGCGCAAACGUGUGAUGCAAGAGUUCCCAGACAUCAAAGAACCUAUCGACAUCUCUUCUCCCAAAGCUAAAGGCCAACUCGACGGUGGUAAACUCAUUAUCCGUCACGAUAUCUACGCCGUUCAAUUCCAAGCCAACAUGAAGGAAAACUACAAGAACAUCUGUAGAAUCUUGGAGGAGACUCAGACGGUUGUUGAUCAGUUGAAGGAGAUCAAUGCGGAUUACGAGAAGUUGGGCACUGUCACAGACAUCUUGCAAGGACUUGGCAAGCCAAAGACUGAUUGGGAGACGCUCAUCAAGAGACUUGCUGCUAUCAUCAAGAAACUCGGCUGA